AUGAUAGAGCUUGGUUUGGCUCGAGUAUUCCGCCUUUUGGCACGCACUCCUUUACCAUGGCGAGCACUACACGUCGCGGGAACAAAUGGAAAAGGUUCAAUAUGCGCCUACAUAUCCGCCAUGCUCGCAGCGUACAAUGCCUCCCAACUACGGAUUGAAUCUGGCAAACCACCAAUCAAGCAUGGACGCUUCACCUCACCGCAUCUAAUUGAUCGCUGGGAUUGCAUUACUAUUGACGAAAAAACAAUAUCUGAAGCAAUCUUCAGGCAAGUCGAAGCAAAGGUCCUGGCGCGCAACAUAUCUGAGAACAUCCAAGCAACAGAAUUUGAACUGCUUACCGCGACUGCUUUCGAGAUAUUCACCCUGGAGAAUGUGGAUAUCGGUGUCAUUGAAGUCGGUAUGGGUGGUCGACUUGACUCCACAAACAUCUUAGGCCAGACUUCCGAAUUUGACGAGCUGGAGCAGAAUCAACAGUACAGGCCAAAGCCAUUGGUGACAGCCAUAUCGACCAUCGCGUUAGACCACCAAGGAUUCCUCGGGAACACAUUGGUCGAGAUCGCGACGCAAAAAGCCGGCAUCAUGAAGCCAGGGGUACCGCUUAUUCUGGCAAUGAACGACGAAGCAGUGACAGAGCAUAUUCUUCAGCUUGCGUCUGAAGCAGGUGUAACACAGAUCUUGCACUCGAAAGAUGCGGCAGGCUUCGACCAAUUGAACCGCCUGCCUGCUCCACCUACAACCCAAGCCGCCUGCGGCUCCUCCACUUUGCGCAACGAGAUUCGCACAUCAAGCCUUUCAGCACUUGCAAGCACACUACGUGCCGUGCCACAGAGAGUCGUCUGGCCUGGCCGUUUACAAGAUAUUGAUUUGGCACCCCUAACCAACUACGAGUCCACAGCUCUUCUUGACGGCGCGCACAACGUCGAAUCAGCGACUGUACUUGCGAACACGGUACGCACUCGCGCUGGUGACCGUCCGGUGGUCUGGAUCCUCGCCGCCUCGAGAGGAAAAGAUUUGACGUCCAUGUUCGAGUUGUUGCUAGCAGGAAGACCUGAAGAUCGUGUCGUGGCCACAGAAUUCGGAGCUGUGGACGGCAUGCCCUGGAUCACGGCGACACAAGCGGAGGACGUCAAAAUAGCUGCUGUCAACAUACUCUCCGAAGAUAGUGUGAUUGUAGAGAAGGACGUCGGCCUCGCUCUCGAGAGGGCAUCUCGACUAGCCGAGGAGAUGAAUGCUCUUCUUGUCAUUGCUGGGAGCCUGUAUCUCGUCGGCGAUGUGCUACGCCUGGUGCGCAAUGCAGGCGGUGCAUUCCAGUAA